AUGUGCGCGUUAAUAGCGUCCUCGACAUGGGUCAUGACCGCGUCUAUUCUAGGCUUCCCUCUUUCUACCACACACUCCAUAAUCGGUGCGCUUAUCGGAGUUGGCAUUAGCGCGUACGGCAAGGACGCCGUGAACUGGGGGUGGGAGGGUAGAGGCGUGGCGCAGAUCGCAACAUCUUGGGUCCUAGCGCCUUGCCUAGCAGGCGUCCUCGCAGCAGCGGUUUACACGAUCACACUCUUUGCUGUCAUGAAUCGGAGAAACUCUCUGCGAGCAGGAAUCUGGGCCGUUCCUUUCUACUUCACCAUCACCAGCUUCAUCGUCAGUUUCUACGUCAUCUCCCGAAACAGUCGGUGGGGGUUUUUGGGUGAAGAGGGUGUCCAUAACAGCAGCAACGCUGGCCUGACGUUUGCCAUCACAGGGGCCAUCACAGGUGCGACUCUCGUCUUCGCCGUUGGAUUCCUCGUCCCGUUCUUCAUCCGACGGCUGGAGAAGGAGGAGAGCCUCAGGUGGUACCACGUGUUCUGCAUCCACUGGCUGCCAGAGCAGCUGCACGACACCAGGAUCGACACGUACUUGAAACGAACCUUCACCCCGCAGCUGCUGAACGACGAGGAAAGAACAGAGCUCGGAAUGCCUGUGGAGGAGGAGGAGGAGCGCAAGGAGGAGCGGUGGGAGCGGGAAAAAACCCAGCACAAAAGCCUCGUCGUGCGACUCGCGCACCACAUCAAAUGGCUGCUGCUGCGCACACUCCUCAUCGACAUCGUGUCAGUGCAGCAGCGGAACCGUGGUGCAGUGCGCGCGCAUGAGGUGGCAGUCCUGUACGACAACAAGACAGAGUACCUGUACUCGCUGCUGCAGGUGGUUACCGCAUCCUUCGCGAGCUUCUCCCACGGCUCGAAUGAUGUUGCCGGCUCGCUGGGGCCCCUGGCAGGGGUGUACCAGCUGUGGGAGACCGACGGGUACAACAUAAUGCGCAACCUGGGCAACAACAUCACGUACCACUCGCCCUCCCGCGGUUUCUCCAUGGAGCUAGGUGCAGCCCUCGCCGUCCUCACCGCCUCCUUCCUUGCUCUACCCGUCUCCACCACUCAGUGCAUAGUGGGUGCCACAGUGGCUGUAGGCCUGUGCAACGGCAAGUGGAGAGCCAUCAACUGGGGCAUGGUGGCCAUUGCUGGGUUCGGCUGGGUGAUCACUCUCCCUGUGGCAGGUACUGCCGCUGGGCUGCUCUAUGCGGUUCUCACUCGUGGCCCCAGCUUCACCUUGCCGCCCUCACAGUGA